AUGGAUGCGGAAAGAUUCUCUGAUUAUUUCGAUGGUGCACCUACAUUCAAUAUUCCAGGUCGUAAAUUCGAAGUGGCAACUCACUAUACUCAAGCUCCAGAAGCAGAUUAUUUAGAUGCAGCAGUAGUUACAGUAUUACAAAUUCAUAUUACAGAACCACUUGGUGAUAUUUUGGUUUUUUUAACAGGUCAAGAAGAGGUAGAUCAAGCAGCAGAGAUGUUACAACAAAGAACCCGUGGUCUGGGUACCAAAAUCAAAGAAUUAGUUAUAACAAGAAUUUAUUCAACACUACCAACCGAUUUACAAGCUAAAAUCUUUGAACCAACACCACCAAACGCCAGAAAAGUAGUAUUGGCCACAAACAUUGCAGAGACCUCACUAACCAUCGAUAAUAUUAUUUAUGUCAUUGACCCUGGAUUUUGUAAACAAAAAAUGUAUAACCCACGUACUGGUAUGGAGUCUUUGGUCAUCACACCUGUCAGUAAAGCCUCUGCAAAUCAAAGAAAAGGAAGAGCAGGUCGUGUCGCACCAGGUAAAUGUUUUAGAUUAUUCACCGAAUGGGCAUUCGAUCAUGAGUUGGAAGAUAAUACAAUACCAGAGAUUCAGCGUACAAAUUUAGGUAAUGUGGUUCUAUUAUUAAAAUCAAUGGGUAUCGACGAUUUGGUUAAUUUCGAUUUCAUGGACCCACCACCAGCACAAACCCUUAUGUCUGCACUCGAGCAGCUUUAUGCAUUGGGUGCAUUGAACGAUAGAGGUCAAUUAACUAAAUUAGGUAGAAGAAUGGCAGAAUUUCCAGUCGAUCCACAAUUAUCUAAAAUGAUUAUUGCAAGUGAAAAAUAUAAAUGUAGUGAAGAAAUUUUAACAGUUUGCGCAAUGUUAAGUGUUGGUAAUACUAUUUUCUAUCGACCCAAAGACAAAGCAUUUGCAGCCGAUGCAGCACGUAAAAACUUUUUCCACCCACAAGGCGACCAUCUUACACUACUCAAUGUUUAUAAUCAAUGGCGUGAAUCAGGUUUUGCAAUUCAAUGGUGUUUUGAAAAUUUCAUUCAACAUCGUUCAAUGAAACGUGCUCAAGAUGUACGUGAUCAAUUAGAAUUAUUAUUGGAUCGUGUCGAAAUACCAUUAGAAUCAAACAUUGAAGAUACCGAUUCGAUUAGAAAAUGUGUUGCUUCAGGUUACUUUUAUAAUACUGCUCGUUUAGAAAAAACAGGUCUCUUCAGAACCACAAAACAUAAUCAAAGUGUACAAAUUCAUCCAUCAUCCUGUCUUUUCCAAAAUCCUCCAAAAUGGGUCGUAUAUUACGAAUUGGUUUUAACAACAAAAGAAUUUAUGAGACAAGUAAUCGAAAUCCAACCCUCUUGGCUCCCUGAAAUCGCUCCUCAUUUUUAUAAAGAAAAAGAUUUUAACGACCAAAAUAGUAAAUUACCUAAACAAACUGGAAAACAACAAAUCAAUAAAUAA